AUGGCGAUUCAAAUGGAUACUAACGAACCAUCUCCCUUUACUCAAGAAAUCAUCGCAAACAUAUUUCUAAAACUACCCAUCAAAUCCCUCAAAAGAUUUCAAUCAGUCUCCAAAUCUUGCUACUCGAUCAUCAAUUCUCAAAAUUUCAUCAACGCCCAUCUCAAGAAUCGCUCUGGGUCGCUCAAUAAUCUGCUUGUCCACCGGUUUCAUAACCCAACCGGCUCCGAUUUUUCUCUGAGUUUGAUGGAUUAUAGAAAACCGACAAUCUCCCGUGAAAUUAAAAUUCCGUUUCUGGGUUCUUUAAUUCGGUACCCGAGAAUUGUGGGUUCGGUUAAUGGUCUGCUCUGUCUUGAUAUUUCGCCGAUUCAUUGCUUUAAUUUUAUUUUAUGGAAUAUUUCAAUUGUUCAAUUUAGGGUUCUUCCCAGACCUAAAAUUGCAAUUAAUGACGUGAAGAAUCCCAUUUGGAUGGUGGCUACUGGGUUUGGUUCUAAUCAAGAAUCUGAUGAUUAUAAACUGGUAAGAAUUGUGUAUUUUGCUUGUGAUGAUAUUUCAAUUAGGGCUGAGGUGUACUCAUGGAGGACCAAUUCUUGGAAAAUUCUUGAUUUGGAUGAGAAAAUUGGGGAUUUUUCCAUUUCUAAUGGGCAAAAUGGGGUUUAUUUUAAUGGGUGUUUAUAUUGGUUAGCUAAUGGAAUUGGGGAUUUUGUGAAUAGGAAAUAUGUGAUUUCUUUUGAUUUGGGUAGUGAGAAUUUUACUCGGAUCAAGAUUCCUGAAUAUAGUGGUGCAAUUUGUGCUAAGGUUCUUGAAUUUCAGAACUCACUUGCUUUAGCUUUUUAUCCUGCUGCUAAUGUUUACCCCGGAUACGGAAGGUCGUUGAAUCGAAUUGAGUUAUGGGUUUAUGCAGAUUACGAUUGCGGUAUUGAUGAUGAUGCUAACAGCUAUAAGCAAUGGACUAGGGUUUAUUAUAUGAAUAUGGAUUUGAAUUCUGCUCAUAUGGGUUAUCCAAUUAGUGUUCAUAAUGAUGAUGGGGAAGUCGUCUUCAAGCGUGUUUCGGCUGACUAUGUUAAUUUAGCGUUCUUGAACCCUAAUAAUCAUAGCAUCAAGACUGUACCGAUUUGCCAUUCCGAGUAUACUUGUCAAUUUUAUAAUUACACAAGCAGUUUGGUUCCGGUGACGGUUUUCGGAGAAUGA